GCGUGUAGGCUUGGGCACUAGUCUAAGUGACGUCAUGUGUUCGUUUGGCGCGGAAUUUGUAAAACUUAUUAUUAGAGUUUUUCGUUUUUGGGAAGAACUAUAUCACUAGAAAAUAUGUCACAAUAUUCUCCAGCUGGACCCAUCCGGCUUGCAAAACCUUCAAGUGUUAUAAAGUUGAAGAUUAAGAAGAAGAAGAAGAAGUCCACGCAAAACCCAGCGAUUAGGAGUUCAAAUGCUCUGAAACCGAUCAACGGCUCUGUUCAAGAUGGCCGCACUCAGUCAUUGAAGCGAGCGAAUCCUUUCAGGUGUUCCCCAAGAAAAAAGCCAAAUCUCACUUCUGAUGCGAAAACAUCGGAGUGCAGGCUCUUUAAUGUCCUCGACGGUUUGGACGAGAAUCUCGAAAAUAUCUCAGGAAACACGCAUCAAUCAGCGAAGAUUGUACAGGAAAAUACAUGCGAAAAAAUAUUCGAUACGGGCAACGCUAUUGCAGAACAAACCGAAGAAGAAACCCCGACAGAGGAGGUUGAAGGUUCAGAAAGCUUUCCUUUAGAUUGGAGUUUAAAGUCUAAAGUACGAUUCACUUCUUCCAAGUCGUUUAAUUGGUGUGGAACGCUUAAAACACGGGAUGAGGGUCAAGGCUUGUUGAACUUCGUUCGCUGCCAAACAAAGGAAUGCGAUUCGGCGGAUGAAUCACUUGAAAAUUCAAUCAACGGUUAUCCUUCGUCAUUUUGUUCUUUCACUAAAGUAUGGGCGCAUCCUUCUCUACCUUGGCUCGAACUUUUCCCACGAAAAUCCGCUGAUGGAAAAAGUGGUUCGAAAAGAGACCUUCAAAUUACGAAUGAAAUCGCUUCUUCCCUUCACAGCGACUGGGUGUCCAGUUUUCGCUCUGUUUUCAACCUGGUGCGAGUUGGUUUCUGUCCGUAUUUUUAUCUGGUUGGAAUUCAAAACACUAUGCUCUUUCAGGCUGCAGAAAUAAACAGAGAUGGAGCUCUACAAGUGCUUAUUACACCAACGACUAAAGGUUUUCGCGAUGCACUUCGAAACGAAGGUGUCAUCUUCACUAUGCCACAGUUGGAAGACAGAGGAAAGAAAGAGACCGGAUCUGAAUCGCAAGAUGAUGACUCAGAUGAAGAGGAGGAAAGGGAGCCUGGGGAUGGCUCUGAUGACGAGCACAGUGACAAGCGAGAGUGGCUAGAAAGCAUGGGCCUCGAUAAAGAACAGUUUCCCUUACUUAACCCAAAGACUGUUACACCGCAUCAAAGAAACAACCUCAGAACCAUUGAUCAACAACCAACCUCAACUGUGCUGGUGAAAGGAGCUGAUACACAUGCUCUAUUUAACUUCCUACUCAACUGCAAGAGUUUAACAGCUAAUACAGGACCACAAGCGCAAGUGCCACCAACACUUCUAGCUCCUGUCGCAUUUGACGGUGCUACCUUAAAAAGUCUGAGGGUCAACCAAGGCAUUCUGAAACACCAACAAGCCAAGGGAAUGAAGCAGUUAUACAGUCUGGAGAUUUCUGGAUCCUUACUGCCUGGGUGUAUGUAUGAACUGUGUCACCUAUUGAAGGCCUCUCAAAAUGGGGACUUUAAGGCCACCUUCUCUGCACACCAGCCAUCAGUGGCCUUCAAUGUUGCAACCCUUGAGACAGAGGACAAAAUUUGUACCCCUAGUGGAAGUAACUUAGAGCACAGCAUCACAUGUGGGCAGUGGAAGCACUAUCAGGAAGCAGAACAGUUGAAAGGAACAUUUUUAAAAGAACUUAAUUGCAAAGACAACCUUUUUACAUGGACAACUUGAUUAUGAACAGGGUGCUAAGAGAAAACCUUCCCAAGCAUUUAUGUAAAUUGCACAAGUGUAAAUAUUUUUAAGUUAUUAUAAAAGUUACAGUCAAACUGCAUCAAGUUUUCCUCCCAUAAACAAAGUAAUGAAAUUCAAUAUUGGAAAUUUGACUUAGAAUGAAAUCAACUUUUCAGUACUGUAUUUCAUUUCUUGUUUCUGGAAGGUACCCAGGAUUUUAAUAUUUGAACCUUGCAUUUCAGAUAAAGACAAUAUUUCUUAUGUAAUCCGUCUUAUCAAAAAAUUUGUAAAAACAAUAAAAUCAGUGUACAUUAUUUAUCAUUGCAUUUUUAGCAGGGAUCUCUAGGUUUACUUUGAGGAAGGGUGACCUUCCUAGAAUAUGUUGCCUUGCCCUCUUUAGAAACUUUCAAUUAGGUCAUGUACUUCGUACAUACUCCCCAAUUUUCUGCAAUUUAUUUUAUGCAUUGCAAGGCUCAAGAAAG